AUGAGACUUUCAACCAUACUAGCUCUUGCUCUUCCAACAGCCCUGGCUUGGGACCAAAAAUGCGACUAUCGGCCUAUCAACGGCGGUAACACACCGGGAGAAAACGCAAUCGGAUGGACAAUUACUGGAAAGGACAUCGGAGAUGAAGUUGCCGGGGAUGCAUUUUGCAACGGCAUCAGGGAUAAUCUGAAUUGUGGCACACUCAACUGGGAUUGUAAAAGUGAUGGUAAUCGAGGCCUGAAACUGACAUUUGUCACGUCGGAGUUUUGCACCGGGAACAACAUUGAUGAUGCUUGGUGGUUUGCCACCAAGAAUGGAUUUGGCCCCCUUUGUUGCAAGUCGGGUCCUUGUUAA